UUUUAUAACUCUUUAAUCCCUUUUGUAACAAUUGAAAUUCAUAAUACAAAGAAAGACUCAAAUAUAAGUUUAUUUGUAGUCUUAUCAAUGUUUAACACUGCAUAAUUACAUCUUUUUGUCUGUUAUAGAACAAUCAAAAUUCAUUAAAAAUUAUAAUCAUACAUGCCUUUUUUGCAGCCAUAUAUGCAUUUUUUUUAUAAAAUCAUGUAGUAUAAAGAACAACGAGCAGGUGCCAGAAUUAUCAGAAGGCAGUUACUUUAUCGUACAAGAUGAAAUUCGCUUUGGUUUUUUUUGCCUUAAUGGCCACAUGCUCGGCCAUACCAUGUACCGGCAGGGAUCUCCAACAAGAUUUUGAAGACAUUAUUGCAACCAUCCCAUUAAGUCAAAUCAAAGCUAUUGCUCAAGAACAUCUCGAAAAUGAUGGUGAGUUCCAAGAAGUCGUCAAAUAUUUGCAAGGAGCAGAAUGGAGCAAUCUUGUCGAUACCGUUGCUGAUAAUCCUACCUGGAAAAGAUUUAAGGCUUACAUGGAUAGCGUUGGGGUCGAUGUCAACGGUGUGAUUCAAUAUUUCCACGAUCUCAUCGCUGAAGUUGAGAUUUCCAAAUGCACUGACGAUGUUAACAUUCGUAGCGUAAAGGAAUUCUUGGAUGAAAUACGUCAAAUCCUUGAUCUCUCAGCUACUUUUGCCAUCCUCAGCGAAAAAUUAAAUACCAGUCCAGACUUCAAAGAAUUCUUCGAAAACAUUUCCAGCGAAGAGGCUCACGCUAUGGUCGAAGAAAUUCUUGCAUUGGACGAAGUUCAACGCAUCGCUGAACGUCUCCUUGAAAUGGAUAUCGAAGUUGAUAAAAUUAUCGAUUUGGUUUAUGGACUUUUGGGGUGGAGCAAGCAAGUGGUAACCAGAGAUUAUCGAUCUGAGAUUCAAGAUAUUGUCAGAACAACGGCAUUAUCAAGACGUGAUGUUAGUACCGUUAAUGCGGAAAACGCUGCGGAAUUUUUAGAAAUUGUCAAUUAUUUGCAAGGAAACGAAUGGGUCGAAUUAGUUCAAAAACAAAGAUGGUGGUUCUCGAUUAAAAUAAAAGUUUGCUUAAAUUUCUGGAUUGUCACAGCAUGUUUUGGAAAUUAAAAUGAAAAAUGUCGCAAAUAGUCGAUUCAGUUUAUCAAGCUUUAUCAUCAGGAUGUUUAAGAUAUAAAGAUAACUUUUAAUAAAAAUUUUGAAUUAAUA